UCCAAUUCCCUCCCUUUCUCUCUAACUUCCGCUACACCCGAUAUAAUAGACCCGAAACCCGGUAAAUGGACGACUCGUGGCAUCUCCGUAUCGGAUCGGACCUUGCGCGACGGAAAUCAACGGAUCCGGGCUCCGAUUUCAGCUGCCCGACUCGUUCGUCGCUCUCCGAGUCCGAAACCCUCGACCCGGCCGACUUCCAAGACGUCUUCGGCGGCCCGCCGCGCAGCGUCUUCUUCCGACAGCACUCCGGCGACUUCUCCUCCUCUUUCUACGACGAGAUAUUCCGAUCGGCGACGGAAUCUGACGCUCCCGCGAGGAGGGGCAGGAAUCUACCGGUUUUCCAGAUUCCGGCCGCUCCGUGCCGGCGAAACGAUGGGUUCUACGACGAUAUCUUCGGAUCGGGGGAAGAUCGACGGUCCAGAUCGAGGUCGAAGUCGAAUUCGUCGUCGGUUUUGAGUUCAGAGGAUCUGAGUCCGCUCCGUCCGUCGGGAGCGGACGAUGGUGGGUUCGCCUCCUUCGCUUCGAAGCUCAGGCCGAUUAUCAUCCCAUGCCGGCAAAGCUCGUCGUCGUCGACAGCGAUGUCCAACGAUCAGAAGAAACAAGGGACCGCAGGCGUCCCAUGCACACGUACUUCUUUUGCUGAAUUCCAAUUCGCCGAGCCUGCCUCCGAUGAACGGUUCUUGAAAUCACAUUUCGGGUUUUCUCAACACAUGCCAUCACCGGAGACCAUCACUGUCAAACCUGAUUCGUAUCCGAGCGUCAAGAUAACGGUCGAUGAUCUUGAAACUGACUCACCUUCGUCUGAUAUAUCUUCAGUGGGCCCAGGCCCAGAUGCUAGAAAUAAAAUUCAAGACCAAUCCAUGCAGGAAUCAGAAGAAGAAGCUGAAUUCAUUGGCUCUUAUGUCAUAGAGAUCUUGUCUGAUAGGCGAGAAGAGGCUGCCGAGGAGGCGGUGGCCAUCGAUGAAGCAAUUGCAUGGGCCAGAGAGAAGUCCGGGGCCCAGAAUACCGAUGUUUUGAAGGAGAACUGUAGAGAAAAGGAGAAUAGAAGAGGCCUUGUGAAAAAAGAUGAAGGGAUGUGCAUUGUGCCAAAAAUCGACGCUCAAGCGAGAAGAGGAUAUGAUGAUACCCAAUUCCUCUUGGCCAGAGCAUCUGAGGAAUUGAAAAGAUGGGAAUCAAAUGAGGAAAAACAGCAACCGGAAAAAGAUAUGGAAAAGGAGAUGAUGGAGGAAGAUAUAAAAGAGUGGUCUGCUGGCAAGGAAGGAAACAUCCGCUCACUGCUCUCCACCCUUCAAUAUAUUUUGUGGCCCACUAGCGGAUGGCACGCCAUCCCUCUACCGGACAUGAUCGAAACAUCGCAAGUGCGAAAGGCGUAUCAGAAAGCAAGGCUUUGCCUACACCCAGAUAAACUGCAACAGAAGGGCGCAACAAUUCCGCAAAAAUACGUCGCAGAGAAGGUUUUCACCAUCCUUCAGGACGCAUGGGCUGCAUUCAACGCUCAGGAUUUCAUGUCCGGAUGACCGAGGGUUUUCUCAGCCCAACCCAAGCUGAGUUUGGAAAUGGAAGGCCCAACGAACAUAAGAGCCAUGACUAAUAGAAGACCGGACGGGCCCAUACCAGAUUUGCAGCAUGCGCGAGACAGCAGUUCAUCAGAUGGGCCCAUACGAUACAUCCCAUCGGGUUCGGGGAAGAACUGAUAAUGUGUGUUUCUUCUUUGUUUUUCAUUGUUAUGAGUGGUUUUGAUUAACCUUCACACUAAUGUAAGAAGGAAACUGGCGCCAUCAAUCAUGACUCGGACUGGCUCGUUUCGUUUCGUUUGAGUCGACUCAUGGAUAUCGAACUAGGUCAGAUCCUAAUGAGUCAGAUUCCGACUGGGCCGAGUCGAAAUGAUGCUUUCGAAGAUGAUAAUGGUGUUGUUGCUAAUUUGCCAUAUAUGUGUAUUUGUAUUGAUGUUGUUCAAAAACCAGAAAACCUCAACUCAGUAAGGCUACACAAAAAUAUUUAAUCAA